CAUAACUUGUUGGUUGUGUCCCUUGUGGGACGUUCAAACCUCAAAGUUUUAGAUGUUGGAAAAGAUGAAUAUUUUUUUUGAGUUCAAAGCAUAGAUCUUUUUUGUCCUGGGUUCUGAUUUAUAAUUUUUAUCUCUUUAGUUGAGUAAAAUGGAGGGUCUGAAUUUAUUUUCUAGUCCGUUGAUAAAAUUGUAUUUUUUUUAUUCAAUUCUUUCUUGAUACUUUAGGGUUUCUGGUUUAACUGGUUUUGAUCUGUACAGGUUAAAAGAAAGAAUAAAGUAUUUGAGUUAAUUAUCAUCUUGGCCUCUUUUAUCUAGUUUCUGUUUGUUUUUUUGUUUUUGUUUUUCUUUGUCAUGCCUCGUUUGCUGCAGUUGCUGAUAGAUUUUGGAGUUUUAGUGUGAUUUCAGGUUUUUACGCAUGGCAUCUGAAGGGCAAGGAACGAUUGAAAUUCCAUCAGGAUUACCUACAGCAGCAAUGGAAGAAAUGUUUGAAGGUCCAGUGGGGUAUCAGGCGUUCCCGAACAGCAUCCAGGCUGGAACAUCGCCUGCAAUGGCCCCACCACCGGCAAGUGGUGGAGCUAACGGUGCUAGCACUUCAGGGAAGAAGAAGAGGGGCAGACCGAGGAAGUAUGGCCCCUAUGGGACAGCAUCAGCGGCAAAAAAACCCUCCUCACCCGAUGGGACAGUGCCACCGGCUACUGGAAAGUGCUCUUCAGAGCAGAAGGGCAAGGCACCAAUGGCCGAGCCAAUUGGGGAGGACUGGGGUUCAAUCGAGACUACUUUGAACAAUUUUACGCCCUAUAUGAUCACUGUCAAUUCUGGUGAGGUAAAAUAUAGCAACAUUUCUACUAAGUGGAGUUUCUUCCUGAUUUGUAAUUCUCUUUUGGUUAUGCUGUCUGCCCUUGACAUGAAUUUCACCCUGGUUAAAUAA